AUGUGGUAUGGAGAAAGGUUAAACAAGCGUCGAAAUGCAAAGAAUCCUACUUUUUCUUUGUGUUGUAUGCAAGGUCAAGUGCAAUUGCCUCUAUUGAAAGAUCCACCACCAGUUCUGAAAAAGCUUUUGGAAGGCGAUGAUCCACGAAGGAGGCACUUCCAGAAACAUAUUAGACCUUACAAUAUGGUUUUUUCAUUCACUUCUCUUGGUGGUAAGGUACAGAGGUCUUUGAAAAAAGGUAGAGGGCCUGAUAUGUUUCAACUACAAGGUGAAAAUUAUCACUUAAUGGGUAAUUUGACUCCUCCUGAUGGUGGUGAAGCGAAGUUCGGACAGCUAUAUAUAGUUGACACAGAAAAUGAGGUUGAAAACAGAGCAAAAUGUAUAAGUUCUGGAAAAAAUAGUUUUGAGGUCAAGAAAAAGGAUAACCUCCGGAAAGACAUCAUUGAUGCUUUGAUGAAGAUGUUGAAUGAAGUUAAUCCAUAUGUCCAAAAGUUUAGAUGCGCAAGAGAUCGUUUUAACACUGAUCCUGAAGAUUCAUUUCAUAUGAGGAUUGUAAGUGAGAGGUUACAGGAUGGCAGGACAUACAACACACCAACAGCCUCAGAAGUUGCAGCACUAAUUCCUGGGGAUUUCAGUCUGGAUAUGGACAAGAGGGACAUCGUUCUACAACAAAAAUCAGGCAAAUUGAUGAGGAUAAACGAGAUUCAUGCUUCAUAUCUUGCACUUCAAUAUCCUCUUCUGUUUACGUAUGGAGAAGAUGGAUUCAGACUUGGAAUUAAGAAAGGAUCAACUAAAGUUACGAGAAAACAGAAGAAGCCAAAUAUAAGUAUGAGGCAAUUCUUUGCUUUUCGUCUGCAUGAACGUAAGAACGAAUCUCAUUGUCUCCUACAUUCUCGAAGACUGUUUCAGCAGUUUGUUGUUGAUGCCUUCACAACCAUUGAAUCUAACCGCCUAAGAUAUUUGAAGUUAAACCAGCCUUCUUUGCGUAGUGAUAGCUAUGACUCCAUUAAAGAGUCUGAGAAUGCGGGAAAAGUGGAUAUGUCUGAGCAGGGAUCUGAGUUUACGUUACCAGCUUCUUACGUAGGGAGUCCCAGAUACAUGAAGAAUUGUUACUUGGAUGCUAUGACUAUAUGUAAACAUUUUGGAUUCCCAGAUUUCUUCAUCACUUUCACAUGUAAUCCUAAGUGGCCAGAGAUCACAAGAUAUGUGAAAGCCAGGAAGCUAAAGGCAGAAGAUAGAUCAGACAUUAUUUGUAGGAUCUUCAAAAUGAAACUUGAUUCACUCAUGGAUACUUUGACGAAGAAGAAUAUAUUGGGAGAGACCAAUUCAUCUAUGUACACAAUUGAGUUCCAGAAACGUGGAUUGCCACAUGCUCACAUUCUCUUAUUCAUGAAGAAGAUUAAGCCGACUACAACAGACGACAUUGACAGCAUAAUAUCUGCAGAGAUUCCAAAUAAAAAAGAAGAACCUGAGCUUUAUGAGAUCAUUAAGGAUAUGAUGAUUCGUGGACCUUGUGGAGCUGUUAAUAUGAAUUCCCCCUGUAUGGAGAAUGGUCGUUGCUCUAAGUCAUAUCCUAAAUCAUUUGCUGAGACCACCACUAUUACUAAAGAAGGGUUUCCGGUUUAUAGAAGGCGUCAACAGUCUGAACACUAUGUUCUGAAGAAUGGAGUGAGAUGUGACAACCGAUACGUCAUUCCCUAUAACAGGCAAUUAUCUCUUCUUUACAGGGCUCACAUCAACGUUGAGUGGUGCAAUCAAACGGGGUCUAUAAAGUAUUUAUUCAAAUACAUAAAUAAAGGUCAAGAUCGUGUGACAGUGGCUGUUGAACCCCCAGAUCACAUUGUUGCAAAUGAGCUAGGAGAAGGCGAGGUUACUAAAGAGAAGAUUGAACAAAAAAGGAAUGAACUCAAGGAAUUCUUUGAUUGCAGUCUGAUUUUAAUUUUUUUUUUGGCCAGAUACGUCUCUACAUGUGAAGGAACCUGGAGAGUGUUCAAAUUUCCUAUUCACUAUCGUUCAACUGCUGUAGAGAAGCUUAGUUUUCAUCUUCCCGGGAAACAAGUUGUUACUUUCAGAGGAAAGGAUAAACUGAAAGCAGUCAUCAGUCGGAAGCUCAUUAAAAAUACAAUGUUCUUGGCUUGGUUUGAGUUAUGUAAAAUUGACUCCCUUGCAAAAACAUUGACCUACGCCCAGAUUCCUAACUUCUUUAUCUACGAUAAGAAAUCAAAGAUGUGGAAAAGACGGAAACGAGGUUUUGCUCUUGGGAGAAUUAAUUAUGCUCCACGGACCCAGGAAGAUGCUUACUUCUUGCGUGUACUUUUGAAUGUUGUGAGAGGACCCACCAGUUAUGAAGACAUCAAAACUUAUGAAGGUGUUCUUUAUCCAGGCUACAAAGAAGCAUGUUAUGCCCGUGGGUUACUAGAUGAUGAUCAGGAGUACAUUGAUGACAUAGUAAGGAGAUCUUACGAGAGCACAGCAAGAGAGCUACGGAAAGUGUUUGUCAUGAUGCUUAUGAAUAACACUUUAUCUGCGCCGGAGACUGUCUGGGAAAGCACUUGGGAGUUAUUGUCUGAAGAUAUUGAGCACAACAUGAGGAAAAAUUUCAACAGACCAGGUCUAAUGCUGAGUGAUGACGAGAAAAAGAAGUAUGCUUUGCUAGAGAUUGAAUCACUCCUAAGACGCAAUGGUACUUCAUUAGAAAGAUUUACCACUAUGCCUAAGCCACCUAAGACAAGUAGUCAUGAUUCCAACGUCCUGGUAUUGGAAGAACGCAGCUAUUGCCGCUCUACUUUGUUAGAAACUCUUGAUAGAGAUAUUCCGAAGAUGACUUUGGAGCAAAGGAAAAUAUAUGAUCAGAUUCUUGCGGCUGUGAAUGAAGCAGAUGGUGGUAUGUUUUUUGUGAGCGGUUUUGGAGGAACUGGGAAAACUUUUCUCUGGAAGUUACUCUCUGCAGCUAUCAGAUCUCGAGGAGAGAUUGUUCUAAACGUGGCCUCAAGUGGAAUUGCGUCAUUGUUGUUACCAGGGGGUCGGACAGCUCAUUCCAGAUUUUCUAUUCCUCUAAAUCCAGACGAGUUUUCUUCAUGUACCAUGAGACAUGAAACAGACCAAUCGGAUUUAGUGAAAGCGGCAUCACUUAUUAUAUGGGAUGAAGCUCCAAUGAUGAGCAUACAUUGUUUUGAAGCUCUGGAUAGAAGUUUAUCUGAUAUUGUUGGAAAGCACGACAAACAGCCAUUUGGUGGAAAGGUCAUUGUUUUUGGAGGUGAUUUUAGACGGGUUUUGCCUGUUAUAAAUGGAGCUGGAAGAGCUGAGAUUGUGAUGUCUGCACUGAACUCAUCUUAUCUUUGGGAGCAUUGCAAAGUGCUGAAGCUGACUAAAAAUAUGAGAUUGAUGUCGGGUGGAUUGUCAGUAGAAGAGGCAAAGGAACUCAAGGACUUCUCGGAGUGGAUAUUAAAAGUCGGUGAUGGUAAACUUUCUGAACCUAAUGAUGGUCAAGCAGAGAUUGAUAUCCCCGAGGAAUUUUUGAUUACUGAUUCCAACGAUCCUAUAGAAGCCAUCAGCAGAGCUAUUUAUGGUGAUUCAAAUUCAUUGCAUGAAAACAAAGAGGCGAAGUUUUUUCAAGAGAGAGCUAUCCUUUGUCCAACUAACGAGGAUGUCAAUGUAGUUAAUGAAUUUAUGUUGGAUAAGCUACAAGGUGAGGAAAAAAUUUAUAACUCGGCUGAUAGCAUAGAUCCUUCGGAUACAGGUUCUGUAAACAACGAAGCUCUUGGUCCUGAUUUUCUAAACACCAUUAAAGUUCCUGGUCUACCAAACCAUAGUCUUAGACUAAAGGUUGGUUGUCCGGUUAUGGUACUGAGAAACAUAACACCUAUUGAUGGCUUGAUGAAUGGGACUAGACUUCAGAUCACUCAGCUCAUGGACUUUAUGGUUCAAGCCAGAAUUAUAACAGGAGAAAGAGUUGGGGAAAUUGUUGAUAUUCCUAGAUUGUUGAUAACUCCAUCAGACACGAGAUUGCCUUUUAAAAUGCGGAGAAGGCAGCUGCCUCUUGCUGUUGCUUUUGCAAUGACGAUUAACAAAAGUCAAGGUCAAUCUCUAUCUGAAGUUGGUCUCUAUCUACCUAGACCUGUUUUUUCACAUGGGCAGCUAUAUGUUGCUGUUUCUAGAGUGACUUCAAAAAAAGGUUUGAAGAUUUUGAUUUUAGACAAAGAUGGUAAUCCCCAGAAGAAAACUAUGAAUGUGGUUUUCAAACAAGUUUUCGACAACCUCUAA